ACGAUGAAGAGUUAAGAAGACACCUGGAAAUUCCUGCAAUGCGAUGUGCAACUUAUCUUUCUCCUCAAACACAAAAUGAGCCGAUUAAAGUCAUGGGAAACCACAUCCUCUUACAGAAAAUAAUAGGUGAUUUGACAGCUGCGCCCUAUUACGCCAUCCUUGCCGACGAGGUAACUUCGCAUAACGUUGAGCAUCUUGCCAUCCGCGCCAGGUUUGUUGACAGAAGUACUAAAGAGGUCAGAGAAGAGUUUUCGACGUUUUUGAAGUUGGACAGAAUUACUGGGGAGCGAAUUGCAGAUGGUAUCUUUGGCUUUCUGGAAGAGAAUAACAUACCACUUGCUACUAUGCGUGGUCAGGGCUACGACGGCGCAAGCUACAUGUCUUCAGAUCGAGUGGGUGUCCAAGCCAGGAUUAGACAUAAAGCUCAUUUAGUCACCUACGUACACUGCAGUGGCCACUGCCUUAACCUCGUGAUAAGCAAGUCACGUGCUCUUCCUGAAGUACGUAAUGUGAUCGAUUGCGUUAAAAAAUGCAGCCGUUUCUUUCUCAAUAGUCCAAAGAGAAGUGGUAUUCUAGAGAUUAUCAUCGACCACAUUGUGGUCAAUGAAGAGAGGAGGAAACCACUGAUCGAUCUGUGCAAGACGCGAUGGGCUGAGCGGCAUUCGGCUUAUCGGCACUUCUACCAAGGGUACGUAUUUGUGGUUGAAGCUCUAGAGAUGAUAGCUUUCCGCUAUCACUUGGAGAAAUAUGGGACUUCGUAUGCUGACUGGGACUAUGCAGGCCGCAAUGAAGCAAAGCAGAUUCUGCCCAGUGUUACUUCCUUUCAGUUUGUUGUUGUGUUUGUGACGAUAUAUCAGUACUUAUCACACCUUUCGGGCAUUACCGUGAAGCUGCAGCGCAUAACAUGAUAUCUGAAAUUGUGAGGACCUACAACAGCGAGCGCGCAAACGUUGAAAGCAGCUUUUCUCAAAUCUACAAAGUUAGUUCAGACAUGGCAAAAAAGGUUGGAAGUACAAUUGCAAUGCAAGGUAACAAAAUCGCAGCAAUAUUCCAGCUGCUUCUGUUCAAGAGUAUUUCCAGAAAAAUGUUGCAAUUCCCUUUCUUGAUCAUAUUAUUAUUAGCAUCAACCGGCAGUUCUCAAAGUCGGCAGUCACAGCCAUUUCCCUACUUGGUCUUGUACCAAGUAUCAUAUGUUCGCAAGAUGUCAACCUGGAGGAGGCGCCGAUCAAGUACAGAGAUGAUCUGCCAUCGCCUGAAUUGAUGGACGCGGAACUCAGGCGCUGGAGGAACAGGUAUAUGGCGAUGCCCCCAGAGAAGAGACCGUGCUCACCAGCAAAAGCCAUCAAAGAAUGUGACGCCACUGACUUCCCAAACAUCUCAGAUCUUUUGACCAUCGCCUGUACCAUGCCUGUCACCUCGUGUGAAUGUGAGAGAAGCGCCAGUGCUUUACGACGCCUAAACAACUAUAUGCGCGCAUCCAUGGGUAAGGACAGAUUGUCUCACCUUUCUCUCCUUCACAUCCACUACGAUGUACCAAUAGAUCUUGACAACGUAGUCGAUUAUUAUGCUCGCCUUCACCCUCGCAGACUCGAACUUGACUCGGUACUGUUACACUAAUGUUUUCUGCUAACUCUAAGUCUUACAUAUACAAUUAUGAAUACAGAUACGUAUUAUUAGAUAAUGUCCACGCAAUUGCAAAUACAAUUAUGUGA